UCUCUAAGAAAUCCUCCAUUGAAUCAGACAAACAUGGAACUUUCCAGUCCACCGAAACCCACUCGGAUAGUUGACCAUUUAAAGCAACAUUCGAUGGAAGAGGUAGCGUCUCAGUUGACCGGACAAACAGGCGGACUUGAAGCUUUUCUCCCUGAGGACGCCAGAGACGCAAGUCGUACGGAAGCAGCCAGCCUUCCAGAUUUGGCAGGAGAAGUAGCUGUCGCUCAGAGGCAACAGAUUAACGAGCUUAGUCAGAGACAGGAAGUUCGUGAUCGAUUGAAAGAUAACUGUUACCAAGUUCAGUUGAAGAUCAACUCUGUGAAGUCAGACCUUGCUGCUGUUUCGAGGAAAAUCUAUUUAACGGAAGAGGAGGUUUCUAAAAAGAAAGCAUGGUGCGAAGAGCUUGACAAAGAUGUUACAGCCCUUGUUGCAUCUGAAAGUAAACUAAUAAAGGAGCUUGCCAUCGCAAAUGAUAAACUGGAGAGGGAUAGACAAUUGUACAAGAGAUAUAGGAAAAAGAUGGCAGGAUAUACCCAGCAACUCACAGAAUGCAAGAAAAAUCACCCAAUCUACAAGAGCAUAGCAGAACAAAAAGCCAAAAAUGUCAAACUCAGCGAAGAGUUAGAACGUCUUCGAUCGUUGGGGUAUGAGUCGAAACUAAAAAACCUAAAAGCUGAGCUGGCUAAAAGAAAGGAACGUAAGAAACAGCUAGAGGAAUCGGCAGCAUUAAACAAGUCAAAGGAACAAGAGGAGAACGAUAGACUGGCACAACUGACCAUAGAGACCCUGCAGGAACAAGAGGAGAACGAUAGACAGGCACAACUGACCAAAGAGACCCUGCAGACGCGAAACAAAGCUCGGUUAGUAAGAAUGAAGAGUCAGUGGAAUCAGCCCCGGGCAACCAACACUGAAACUGUCAAGUAUGUCAAGAAGGUUCCAUGCUGUCACGCAACCCUCUCGGAAAAGUAA